AUGCCUGCUUUCUCUUCCCUCCGAAACCGCGUCAACGACACCAUCUCCCAACGAUCCAGCAGUGGCAGUGGGACAAACCAUCAGCAGCGCCAGACAGGGGUGGAAGAUGACCAGUCACUCGCGACCAUCCUCGGCCGCGAGCAGCGAGCAGAACUGACGGUGCUAAUCUCGCAGACUACGGAGGAGAUGAGGAGAAGUCUGGUCCGGGUGUUUGAUGAGCGGCGACCGGUCGAGAAAGCGAAGAAUGAAGCUCAGCCUCAGAUGGUACCUCCAGACGAAGGAGGGGAACCGGUAAAGGAGAUGUCGGAGCUGACUUUAUCCGAGAAAGACGCAAAGGUACUCGCACAACAACCAGCACGCAGACCAGGUGAAGAAGACAACUCGCUUCAAUCAGAAAUUGGGCCCGAACCUGAAUCCGAAUCCGAACCGGACGCCCUGCUCACCGCGCCAACACCUGAAUCCAAAGCCCUGAAACAAGCAGCCCUCGCGUUCUUCGAUGCCUGGGCGGAGUCUGUGAUCCUCCGGGUCGGGGAAGUCGUCAACUCACGCGACCCUGAAAACAACCACGCCGCACAGCCCAGAAAUCCGGAUGCCGCCCGGAAGCUCGCGGCCGAGUCGUCAAGACAGCAGUUCCAACCGACCGACCGCGAACGGGAAGUCGAUAUGCGACUCUCCAAGGUCUUCCCGCCGAUCCAGACGUCAUUGGCGUCGCUCAGCUCGGGAGAGCGAAGCACAAUCGUCAAUGCCCUCCUUCUCCUGCUUCUAUCCCUCGAAUCCUACCGCGCGCACUCCCGCACGCUCAUGAUCCGCCUGUCCAUCUCCCUUGGCGUCUCGGCCGCCGAACUCACGAAAAUGGAGAAAGACACGGCAUUUGGCCUGUUGACCGCAGCAGCAAAGAUGGACGCGUCGGAAUCCACGGCCAAAGCACAGGAGAAGUCCUCGACGGCGAGGAAGUGGAAGAUCGGUGUUGCGGGCGUGGCAGGUGCAGCCUUGAUCGGCAUCACUGGUGGCCUGGCAGCCCCAUUACUCGCGGCUGGAGUAGGCACCCUGAUGGGCGGUUUAGGCUUGGGCGCGACCGCGGCGGCAGGAUACCUAGGCGCGUUGGCGGGCAGUUCCGUGCUGGUUGGGGGACUGUUCGGAGCGUACGGUGCCCGCAUGACAUCCAGAAGUAUGGAGCGAUACGCCAAGGAAAUCGAUGAUUUCGCCUUCCUACCCAUCCGAGGGAGCGAGGAUGAUCCAGAAGACGUGCAGAAGCAGCGACGCCGGCUGCGCAUCACCGUCGGCGUCACAGGCUGGCUCAGCGACGAGGAACAAGUCACCCUGCCGUGGCGCGUCCUGGGCCAAGGCGGCGAACCUUUCGCACUCAGGUGGGAACUCGCCGCCCUGCUCACCCUGGGCUCCGCGCUGAAGGAUUUCGUCGUCAGCCAAGCGUGGAGUCAAAUCCGGCGGGAGAUCAUCAAACGCACCAUCUUCGCGGCGGUGUGGGCGGCAUUGCUCGCGCCCCUCGCGAUCCGCAAGGCCAUCAAAGUCGUGGAUUCGCCGUUUGGGAACGCGAAGAACCUGGCCGUCAAGGCCGGAGAGGUGCUCGCCGACGCGCUGAUCAACAAGGUCCAAGGAGAACGGCCGGUGAGCUUGGUGGGACAGAGUCUAGGGGCGAGGGUCGUCUAUUCGUGUCUUUUGACGCUGGCGAAGCGGGGCGCCUUCGGAGUGGUUGACAACGUCGUGCUUAUGGGCGCGCCCGUGCCGAGUGACGUGGAGCAGUGGAGAGCCAUGCGCAGUGUCGUCUCGGGACGGUUGAUCAAUGUGUACAGCAAGCAGGAUUACAUCCUCGCCUUUCUGUACCGCACCACUUCUGCGCAGCUGAGUAUUGCCGGCCUACAGGACAUCGAGGGCGUGUACGGCGUGGAGAACUACGAUCUGAGUGAGCAGGUCGCAGGACAUUUGAAGUACAUGCAUCUAACGGGGACGAUUUUGCGGGAAGUCGGAUGGACGGAUAUCGACGAAGAUGCCUUGAGACGCGAGGAUCUGUUGGUGAAGCAGUUGACCGAGGACGAGAAACAGCUCGAAGCUAAAGGCGAGGACCCCGAAAAGGCGGAUAUUUGA